AUGGCUUGGGAGGAACCUCGUAAAACUGGUAUGCAGUACCGCCGCCUGGGUAACUCAGGUUUGCAUGUAUCUGCACUCGGUUUGGGCGGUUGGCUCACCUUCGGAGGCCAUGUCGAGAAUGAACUCACAUUUUCCAUCAUGAAGACAGCAUAUGACAACGGUAUCACGUUUUUUGAUACUGCCGAGUCUUACGCUGGUGGCCAGUCCGAGAUCAUUAUGGGCCAGGCUAUCAAGAAGUUCGCAUGGAAUCGCAACGACAUCGUGAUAUCCACGAAACUCAACUGGGGCGGCGCAAAUGGCGAGGUGCUUGUCAACAACCAUGGUCUCUCACGCAAACACAUCAUCGAAGGACUCCGUGCAUCCCUUAAGCGCAUGGAUUUGGAGUAUGUCGAUAUAGUGUAUGCGCAUCGUCCUGAUCGUCUUACGCCUAUGGAAGAAACGGUCCGCGCAUUCAACCAUGUCAUUGAGCAAAAGGGGUGGGCACUGUACUGGGGCACGUCUGAAUGGUCCGCAGAUGAAAUCGCCGAGGCAUGCGGAAUAGCGAAGCAGUUGGGUCUCAUUGCACCGAUAGUCGAGCAACCGCAGUAUAAUUUGCUCGAAAGGAAGAAGGUUGAGGGCGAAUUCCAGCGCCUGUAUGCACGAUUUGGACUUGGCUUAACUACAUUCUCGCCAUUGAAGUUUGGGCUGCUGAGUGGGAAGUACAACGAUAGUCCAGAUGCACCGCCAGCAGGUUCAAGAUUCGCCGAAGGAAAAGAUGGUUUCGUGAGUGGAAUGCGUGACCGAUAUGGAAACGAUGAGUGGAGUGGCAUGAUCAACAGCGCAAGAAACUUGAAGCCAAUUGCGGAUAAGCUGGGCAUCAAUCAAUCGCAGCUAGCGCUUGCGUGGUGCUUGAAGAACCCGCAUGUCUCUGCAGUGAUUACUGGGGCUUCGAGACCGGAGCAGGUGGUGGACAACUGUGCAGCUCUGAAAGUUUUGGACAAGCUUACGCCAGACGUCAUGAAGGAGAUUGAUGGUAUUGUAGGAGGCAUCCAGCUGGACCCUGCACGACAGGAUUAG